CCUCCAUAACCCCUUCUUUGACUCACACUCUAUGACAACUUCCUCCAGUCCGCGCACCCGCUUUUCUUUUAUUGUUGCCCUAAACUUGAAGCGGUUACAGUUGUGUUUGCGGUAACGUUACCUUUAAGCCGCGUCUGUUUCGCCGUGACAGGACUCGAGUAUAACCAGGCGAUGGCCUUUUCCAAAGCAAUGUGGCAAUGUGUCACUUGUGAGAAAAUAACGCGGUGAUGGCAUCGGCUGUGCUGUACUUAAGGCUCUUUCUGUCUGCUCCACCAUACUGCAUGCUAUGGAGUCCGUGUCUACAUGGAGUUCGUCCGGGAAUUACAUUAACGUUAGGCGUCUUCGGUGCUUUUACGCGUCGCAAUGCUGCGGUAAAUCUUCCAUGAGGAUCUGUGAACUGCGGGCAUAACGAAGACCAACACCAACACCAUCAUGUCUGAUCGGAAUUACUGGACGGUGUGUCCAAGUUAUAAAAGUCAAUUCGUCUCAGGAGGUUUAGUCAAACGACCCAAGAGUAACCGGAAUAAGAGGAAGAGUCUGGCUCCCUCACCUACUCUAUCAAGACCUCUCUCACCCCUUCAUUUGCCAACUGGCAGCAGUCCACUGGACAGUCCCAGAAAUGUCUCUGGCAGUCCAUCUGUCAAUUUUCCAUUCAUUCGGAGACCAGACACACGACGGUGGUCUGUGGCGUCUGUCUCGUCUGGAUAUGGAACAAAUCCACCCAGUUCUGCUGUUUCAUCUUCCUCCUCCUCACAGGAGCUCCUGCACCAGCUGCCCUCUCAGCCCACCCCAGAUGACCUCAAUCGCCUCUUCAAGCAUUUCAGGAGCACAGAGAGUGUGGCAGAUGAGGAUGGACAGCCUUCUCGUUUCCGUCCUCGCUCCCGCAGUCUGAGCCCUGGGCGGACAUGUGGCUCCUUUGAUAAUGAAAUUGUGAUGAUGAAUCACGUUUACAAAGAACGGUUUCCAAAGGCUACGGCUCAGAUGGAGGGGCGUUUGCUGGCAGUGAUUGCAGACUAUUCUCCAGACAGUGCUCCUCCUCUUGCUGAUGGAGUGCUGGGCUUCAUUCAGCACCAGCUGGUCGAGCUUGUCCGAGACUGUCUGGAGAAGUCCAGAAAGGGGCUCAUCACAUCCAGCUACUUCAUGGAACUACAGGAGAAAUUAGAAAAUUUUCUUCAUGAGGCAUAUGAGCGCUCUGAGAGUGAGGAAGUGACUGUGAUUGCCAAACUCGUGAAGAAGAUUCUCAUCAUUAUUUCCAGGCCAGCAAGACUACUGGAAUGUCUGGAAUUUGACCCUGAGGAAUUUUAUCAGCGUCUAGAAGUUGCAGAAGGCCAAGCCAAAGUUGGCCAGGGAAUUAAGACUGACAUCCCCAGAUACAUCAUCAGCCAACUAGGUCUCACCCGAGACCCCCUGGAGGACAUGGUGCAACUUGAGCACAACAGCUCAGGCAGCUCAAGCAGAGAGCUCGAUGACUCUGCAGAGAAUCGUCCUGGAAUCAUGACGCCUCGAAGGAAGCCUCUGGAAAGAGAUUUUGAGACCAUAAAGCUCAUCAGCAAUGGGGCUUAUGGGGCUGUAUACCUUGUCAGACACCGCGAGACAAGGCAGCGUUUUGCAAUGAAGAAGAUCAACCGGCAGAACUUGAUCUUGAGGAACCAGAUCCAGCAGGUGUUUGUAGAGCGAGACAUCCUGACGUUUGCAGAAAACCCAUUUGUGGUCAGCAUGUACUGCUCCUUUGAGACUCGUCGACACCUCUGCAUGGUCAUGGAGUAUGUGGAGGGUGGAGACUGUGCAAAUUUGCUAAAGAACAUGGGUCCCUUGCCGGUGGACAUGGCCAGAAUGUAUUUUGCAGAGACUGUUCUUGCACUAGAGUAUCUUCAUAAUUAUGGCAUUGUGCACAGGGAUCUCAAACCUGACAACUUGCUCAUUACGUCAAUGGGCCAUAUUAAACUGACUGACUUUGGCUUGUCUAAAAUCGGUUUAAUGAACAUGACCACAAACCUGUAUGAGGAGCACAUGGAGAAAGACACCAGAGAGUUCAUUGAUAAACAGCUCUGUGGCACUCCAGAAUACAUUGCACCAGAGGUGAUUCUGAGGCAGGGUUAUGGUAAACCUGUGGAUUGGUGGGCCAUGGGCAUCAUCCUGUAUGAGUUCCUGGUGGGCUGCGUGCCUUUCUUUGGAGACACACCAGAAGAGCUCUUUGGUCAAGUGGUCAGUGAUGAAAUUGAGUGGCCAGUGGGUGAUGAUGCAUUGCCUGCUGAGUCUCAAGACCUCAUCACAAAACUCCUGAGACAAAGUCCCUUGGAGAGAUUGGGAACCGGAGGGGCAGCAGAGGUCAAGCAUCACAUCUUCUUUCAUGGUCUGGACUGGAGUGGACUUUUAAGGCAGAAAGCAGAGUUUAUUCCACAGCUGGAAACUGAAGACGACACAAGCUACUUUGACACCCGAUCUGAUCGUUACCACCACUCAGACGAGGAUGAUGAGACAAACGAUGAUGAAUCCUAUCAGGAUAUCAAGUUCUCGUCCUGUUCUCAUCGCUUCAGCAAGGUGUAUAGUAGCUCUGAGCAGCUGGCUUCACCCUCAAACCUGAGCUUGUCAUCGUCUGAGCGGAGCUGCAGUGAGGAGAAGGAGGACCGCUGGGACACUCAUUCAGCGCUGUCUCCUGUUGAAACCCCCAGACAGAUUCAGCCUGCUGAUAGGAAGCAGGAUACCAGCAGGGGCAGCCCAAGUCUGAGGCCGAGAGCAUCAUCCAGCUCAUCUCAGCCAGAGAGGGGCACUAGUCCUCUAAUUUUGAACAGCACUCAGAGUCUUGAGGCCAUGCCCCACUUUGCCUUCCCUGAGGAUGAAGAAGGUCUCGUCUCAAACCUGAGGCGGAUUCGUUUGCGCAGUAACUCUACUGGAACGAGACCUACUAACCGUCGGGAUCACAAGGGUCCUCGUCGCCUCGGGCUCCAGCAGGAGACCCCUGAGAAACCACGAUCACCCUUUACAUGCAAAGUCCCCAAAUCUGCAUCCGUGUCCGGCCUUUCCCUCAUCGUCACCGCAGAUGAUAUUCCCAGUGGGCUCCAGACAAGCCCCAUGUCAUCACAUUCCCUCUCAUCCAACCCUUCAUCCCGGGACUCAUCCCCUAACCGGGACAUCUCUCUCAGCACAAGCAGUCUACGUCCUCCCGUGGUCAUCCACAGCUCUGGGAGGAAGUACGGCUUUGCCCUUCGUGCCAUUCGGGUCUACAUGGGGGAUUCGGAUGUUUAUACUGUGCACCACAUGGUCUGGAGUGUUGAAGACUGCAGCCCUGCUCACGAGGCCGGACUGAGGGCUGGUGACCUCAUCACUCAUGUGAACGGAGAGUGUAUUCAGGGUCUGGUGCACACCGAUGUGGUAGAGCUUCUGCUGAAGAGUGGUAGUAAAGUAACUCUUCAGACGACUCCUCUUGAGAACACGUCCAUUAAAAUUGGGCCUGCAAGAAAGACCAGCUCAAAGGGGAAGAUGGCACGGCGCAGUAAAAAGAGCAAAAGGAAAGAGGGUCAAGACAGCAAACGGCGUAACCUUUUGAAGAAGCUGCCCAAACACAGUCCAGGGAUUCAGAACAGUCGCAGCUUCUCUGCAGGCUUUCAGCACUCACCCAAUGACAGCCUGUCUGACUCUCCAACACCGAGCCUCUCUCCUGGCCCCAACACCCCCUGCAGAAGCCCAGCUCCAGACCUGUCAUGUGACUCAAACUCCCCACAGAGCUCCUCACCCUGCUCCAGCUCCCCAAACUCACCCAUCCCUCAAAGCCGACCGAGUUCCCUUCACGUUUUGGGAUCCAAGAUCGGCCUGCGUUACAGCAAAGCAGGCCGCUGCAAAUCCAGCAACAGCAUUCCUCCGUCUCCCCUGGCCUGCAACCCCUCCUCACAGCCUCUCUCCCCUCAGUGUUCUCCAUCCUCCCUCACUGGGCCUCCCAAAGGCCACCACUCCUUUCACAACAAGAUGAUGUCUCCUCCGACCAUCGUGAGACAAACUGUGUGUCCCCGCAGCGCAGAAUCGCCCCGGUCGCCGCUCCUCAACAGAGUUCAGUCAUCAGAAAGGCUCUCCGGUGCUCAAUAUGGAGACAAAAGGUCUUUUUCUUCUCCAAGACACACCGUGGAGUUUCCCCAAAGUGAAGCCGAUGAGUUUGAGUCUCAAUCUCCUGACAUCGCCUCGGGUUUCGUGUGCGUCGGCGAUCAUGCCAGACAAGGGUUAUACAUGUCCGGUCAGCGAGUGAGGGAAUCCAGCGGUUUGGUUAUGAGGAAACUGAACUUGUGCGAGAGACGGGAUUCGUUUAAAAAACAAGAGGCCGUUCAGGAGGUCAGCUUCGAUGACUCUGAUGAUAAAGAGCUCACAACGUCUACGCCAACUCAUUCACGCUUCAAAGUGUCUUGGGUCAGCGAAACGCAGGAUGAAGGAGACUCCGAGACUUCAGGGAGAAAGACGAAUGAGGUUGGAUCCAAGCGACAAGAACAAAAGAAACACAAGGAUGAGUGUUAGUUUAUGUCCUGAAAACUGUGAGACUGUGCGGGUGCUUCCAUGAUCAGAAAUUACAAAUCGGAAGUCUUUUAGGAUCAUUUCUUCAUAGAUUAGAAGUCGUUCACCUGAGAAAUGUCUUUUUUUUGUGGAGUGUUCGCCCAGAAAGGAAAGUUCAGACAUCAUUUACUCAUCCUUUUGUCAUUCCAAAGCUACUUUGAUUUUGUGUUGCUCUGGUUUAAUGUGGUUUUGGACACCAUUGACUUGAAACAAAGCCUCACUGGUGUUUGUGUUUCAUUUAAAGACAUUCAUACAGUGAUUGGUUACUUAAAGUGAGUUGGCUUCACUUAAAAAGAAGGUAAACCUGUUGUACUUUUAAACUAGUUAAGUUGGCUUAAUUUUUAGUAUUCACAUUUACUUAAUAAUUAUAAGGCAAUGGGUUUGCUCACUUUUUAAAAUAAGGUCAUUCACGCUUUACAAUAAUGUUCCAUUAAUGUAUUUAUUAACAGGAACAAAUAAUAAACAAAAUCUGUACAGCAUUUAUUAAUCCUAGUUCAGAACUUACUAAAACCCACAUUUAUAUCUACUAACAUUAGUUAAUGAACUGUAAAGUAACAUGAACUUACAAUAAACAACUGUAUUUCCAUUAGCAAAUAUAAAUAAACUGUAAUAAAUGUACUGUACAUGGGUGAUUCAUGUUAGUAAAUACAUAAACGUGCAUUAACUAAUGGAACAUGAUUGUAAAAUGAGACCAUAAAUAUCCACUAAUUGCUUUUUACAGUGUACAUGUUUGAAGUGACAUCAUGAUGAGCUCAUGAUGACAUCAUUUAUAAGAAAUGUAGGUGGACGAUCACUUUAAAAAUCUGUUUUAUCGUCAGGUAACGUUUGUAGAUUUUGAAAGAUUUUAUUUAUUACGUUGGUUUUAUACGAGACCGAUAUAGAAAGGUCAUGCAGUAGGAUCGCUUUUUGAGACUUUGCACACGUGUGGUCCUGCUGAGGUUCAUUCAUUCAUUCAUUCUAUUCUCUCAGAAAUAUCGUCAUAUACAGUCUAAUGCAAUUUAGUUUGUUGCUUCAGAUUUCAUUAUGCAGUUAAUGUUGUGUUCAGUCGGUCAUACCCACUAAUAUUCCAGCACCUAAAUGAUUUGCAAGCCAUUCAGCCAGUUUUGGCACUGUGGUGUAUCAUGUUUACCUUUUACUCUGUUUAUGGGAAGAACAAGAAGACUUAGGAAUGCGGAUCUGGUAUAUGUUGUAGCCGAGUUGUGCAACAUUUGACCUAUGUAACCUUUGACAAAUGGUGGUUUUUCUGUCUUUCAGUGUUUUGGUGGUGUAGCUUAGUGUCUCUCGAAUUCACACUGCAGCCUUAUGGUUGUGGUUUUGUGACUACCCGAUAUAAACACCAUCGUUAUAAUCCGCACAAUAGCCUUCUGCAGUGUUGCUUGUUUGGUUACACAGAUAUGAUUCGGUUACGUGUAACGUGAGCUUUCUAUGUAAUGGUUUGCUUAAGGAGGUUCGUUCAUUAAAACAAAAGAGACAUCCAGAAACUAGAGAUAGAGAAAGUUGUGAGUUAUAUCUUGCACUCCCAGUCUAACUUGUUUGUCUCUAUUUUCGUAAGUGCAACACUAUUUUCUCGAGUUCACAUACUACCUUCAUGUUCUUCUGUAUGGUACUGUUGUUGUUUUUUUCAUUUUUUUUUUUAAAGUUGUGUGUGGUUUACACAGCCAGAUUUAAAGGACUCCAGAAGAUCCUACACUCUCAUCUAAAUCCACUCGCACUCAACUGUAUUUGUAAAGUUUGGACUUAACAGUGAUUAAAUGUGUACAUACUUGCUAAUGAUCGUA